UAGAUUGAAAGACGAACUCAAAUUUUACUUCAUUUGUAUGUGUAAUUGUGUGCCUUUUUCGUUAUGAACUAACAUAAAUGAAUAGUUUUUAUAUUUUAGCCAUAUUGUGUUGGUAGUGUGAUAUUUCAUUUAAUCAUGGAUGCUGACAAUUUAACCAAACAAUUCGAAGAAGUAGAGGCUUUAAGUUCAAUCUACGGAGAAGAUUGGACAACAGAGAGUGAAGCAACCAGGUCUUAUAAUAUAAAAAUAAAGGAAAAUGCUCAUGAGGUUAUAUUGUAUGUAACUAUGCCUUUGGACUACCCGGGGCAAGCUCCACCUAAAUAUGAAUUAUCAGCUCCUUGGAUGGAUCGGAGAGAGAAAGAAAAACUACAUCAAAGCCUUGAUGAAGUAUAUUUAGAAAAUAUUGGUGAGACAGUAAUUUAUCAAUGGGUGGAGAAAAUAAGAGAAACCCUGCUACAAAUAAAACCUAAGGAAGAGAAAGUAAACAACAUACAAGUUGAAGAAAUUCCAGAUUUGACUGAGUUGGUAAUAAAUUGUCCGGUAAUAACACAUGGUGAGGUGAUUGUUGAUAGAAAAAGUUCAUUUCAAGGUCAUGCAGCUGAAGUACACAGUAUUGAUGAUGUCAAUGCAGUUAUGACAAAAUUAAAACAAAACAAGAAGAUAAUGAAUGCUUUUCAUAAUAUGUAUGCAUACCGCAUCGAGCGGAAAACUGAGAAAGGUGUGUCUAUAUUACAAGACUGUGACGAUGAUGGUGAGGCUCACGCUGGAGGUAGAAUGUUACAUUUACUGCAGAUAUUAGACCAGAAGAACACAUUAGUUGUGGUAUCUAGGUGGUAUGGUGGCAUACAACUUGGUCCGGACAGGUUCCGUCACAUUAACAAUGCAACAAGACAGGUUAUACAACAAGCGGGUCUGCUAAAGAAAUGACACAUACUUCUGUCAUAAAUAUAUGAAGAAAGGAUUUCAUUUUAUAUUUUUUUAAUAUAGCCCGAGUUGCACUAUUUCAGUCCUUUGAAUCCAGAGAUAAAUUACAACUGGAACUUUGUACUGGGAAUUUGCAUUCCAGUGUGUGAGUAUUGUUUUACUUGGAUUCUAGUGCUGGAUUUAAUCACUGGACAGGAAAGGUGUAUUGGGCAUUAUUUUAGUUUGAAAACAUAAUCAUAUGUUUACUGCGGUUGCUAUAGCAACUGCAGAAUAUGAGUGAAUAUGUAUUUGUAAAUAAUAUUAAUAAUUUGUAUAUAGCAUUGUGUAUAU